GACGCGGACUGGGACUCGGACACCGACACGGGCGCUGCGCCGGGGCUCCUCUCGCGGGCCGGGACUCGCGACCAUGUCGGACAAGGAGGCGGGCGGUGGCGACGCGGGGCCGCGAGAAACGGCUCCCACAUCUGCAUAUUCAUCUCCUGCCCGGAGUCUGGGGGACACGGGAAUAACGCCUCUGUCCCCUUCUCAUAUUGUGAACGACACCGACCCGAACGUCUCCGAGCAGCAGACGUUUCUCGUGGUGGUUGCCAUCGACUUUGGGACCACGUCCAGUGGCUAUGCCUACAGCUUCACCAAGGAGCCAGAAUGCAUCCACGUGAUGAGGCGAUGGGAAGGUGGCGAUCCUGGUGUGUCCAACCAGAAGACUCCGACCACCAUCUUGUUGACUCCUGAGAGGAAAUUCCACAGCUUCGGCUACGCUGCCAGGGACUUCUACCACGACCUGGACCCCAGUGAAGCCAAGCAGUGGCUGUACCUGGAGAAGUUCAAGAUGAAGCUGCACACCACUGGGGACCUCACCAUGGAGACAGACCUGACUGCAGCAAAUGGCAAGAAAGUCAAAGCCCUUGAAAUCUUUGCUUAUGCCCUGCAGUACUUUAAGGAGCAGGCACUGAAGGAGCUGAGUGACCAGGCGGGUUCAGACUUCGAGAACUCUGACGUCAGAUGGGUCAUCACGGUGCCAGCCAUCUGGAAACAGCCUGCCAAGCAGUUCAUGAGACAAGCUGCCUACCAGGCGGGCCUGGCCUCCCCUGAGAACUCGGAGCAGCUCAUCAUUGCCCUGGAGCCUGAGGCGGCCUCCAUCUACUGCCGGAAGCUGCGGCUGCACCAGAUGAUUGAGCUGAGCAGCAAGGCCGCGGUCAAUGGGUACAGCGCCAGUGACACAGUAGGAGCUGGGUUUGCACAGGCUAAGGAACACGUACGGCGUAACCGGCAGAGUCGGACCUUUUUGGUGGAGAAUGUCAUAGGAGAAAUCUGGUCCGAGCUGGAAGAAGGUGACAAGUAUGUGGUUGUGGACAGUGGAGGUGGCACUGUGGACAUGACAGUCCAUCAGAUACGGUUACCAGAGGGACACCUUAAGGAGCUGUAUAAAGCAACAGGUGGACCCUAUGGCUCCUUAGGAGUAGAUUUUGAAUUUGAAAAACUUCUGUGUAAAAUAUUUGGAGAGGAUUUUAUUGAACAAUUCAAAAUCAAGCGUCCUGCGGCCUGGGUCGACUUAAUGAUUGCGUUUGAGUCUCGCAAGAGGGCAGCUGCCCCGGACCGAACUAACCCGCUGAAUAUCACCCUGCCCUUCUCCUUCAUUGACUACUACAAGAAGUUCCGGGGGCACAGCGUGGAGCACGCCUUGAGGAAGAGCAAUGUGGACUUUGUGAAGUGGUCCUCGCAGGGGAUGCUGAGGAUGAGUCCAGAUGCCAUGAACGCCCUCUUCAAGCCCACCAUCGACAGCAUCAUUGAGCAUCUCCGGGACCUGUUUCAGAAGCCCGAGGUGUCCACUGUCAAGUUCCUCUUCCUGGUGGGCGGCUUUGCAGAGGCGCCCCUCCUGCAGCAGGCAGUACAGACUGCCUUUGGUGACAAGUGCCGGAUCAUCAUCCCCCAGGACGUGGGCCUCACCAUCCUCAAGGGCGCCGUCCUCUUUGGCUUGGACCCAACUGUCAUCAAGGUGCGUCGGUCCCCGCUCACCUAUGGGGUGGGUGUGCUGAACCGCUACGUGGAGGGCAAGCACCCGCCUGACAAGCUACUGGUGAAGGAUGGCACCCGCUGGUGUACCGAUGUCUUCGACAAGUUCAUCUCCGCUGACCAGUCCGUGGCCCUGGGCGAGCUGGUCAAGCGGAGCUACACCCCGGCCAAGCCGUCCCAGCUGGUCAUUGUCAUCAACAUCUACAGCUCUGAGCUUGACAACGUCAGCUUUAUCACUGACCCCAGCGUGAAGAAGUGCGGCACGCUCCGCCUGGAUCUCACCGGUACCAGCAACACCAAUGUGCCCCCCAGGAGGGAGAUCCAGACCCUCAUGCAGUUUGGGGACACUGAGAUCAAGGCCACGGCCAUCGACAUAGCCACCUCCAAGAGCGUCAAAAUUGGGAUCGACUUCCUGAAUUACUAAGCGGCCCUCCCUGCCACCUGUUCACCUGGACUCAGCUCACCUGUACUUGCAGACCUCAGUCCUGACUGUUCUUUCCCUGACCUUGACCCUUGACAUGACCCGCCUGAUUUCAGCUGCAAAGAUGAGAAAAAGCAAGGCUAGAAGUAACUAGGAACUUUUAAGGGCACACUGGAGUGGGAAAAACAGUCACACUGAGAUUGAGGUUUGAGAGUAGGGAACUCCUGGGCCCUGGGAGAGCUGCUUGUCUUCAUAGGUCCACACGUGGAGAAACCACCAUCGACAAGGGAAUCCGUACGUUUCUGCAGCAGUGGUGGAACCUGCUUUGAACAGAUCUCAGUGAAGGAGAAUUCAGGAUGCCCUAUUGCUCUCUUGCUAGCUUUGAAUGAGACCUUUGAGCUUAAAGAAGAUUCCUUAUCUCUUUGAGACUUUUCUUUUUGCAUUUUUUGGAUGGCAGCCCAUAUAAGAAGCCACCCAUCUGCAGUUCAUUUCUUUCCAUCAUCAUGUGAUUCAAAGUGGUGAUUCAGUGAGAAUUUGGAGCGUUUUUAGCUGGUAGGAGAAGGCUGCCUACACUGGGCACUAUUUUAGGUUCUCAUGUCAUUUAAAUUCCAAAGAGGCUCCGAGAAGAACCACCAUAGACCGUGGCCUUGGGUAAUCCACCAGGUUCCUGUGAGUAGGAGAGCUGGUACCUCAACUUCUCAGCUUCAGUGGAAGUGGAUAUUAGUAAGAGCAGCCAACAUGCCCCAAAUUAUACCUAUGCUGAUAUAAUUCCCUGAAUGCAAAUCCUGAUUGCUGAAUCCAUAAUUAAUUCUAGUUAAUCUUGGUAGGAAUUCUGCAUGAGAAAAUGGGGUUGCAACUUGCCAAGUUCACAUCACCAAGCCCAGGUGUCUGGAAUGGUCCCUUGCUUUGAAGGCACACAUUUCUUAAACUAAGUCCCUCCUCCAGCUCACCCUCACUCCCCUAAGAGUUGUGGCCGCCAGUUCCCACAUUUCAAAAGGGAUACCCUGGUGAAACGUGAGGCUUUUUCUAUGUUUCAUUAAAUUCUUCAGUUUUUAAAGUCUGUCCAAAAAUAAAUUGUAGAUCUAUACUUGAUGAAUUAAGCCAGAUUUUUUUUUCUUUCCCUAAAGCAGGUCAGAAUUGCAUCAGAAUUUCCUGGGUGCUUGUUAAAAACAGAUUCCUGGAUCCUCACCAUGUUACUAACUGAAGCAGAAUCUUGGGGGGGAGGGGAGGGACCCAGAAUCUGCAUUUUUUAGCAUACACCACAGCGAACUGUGGUUCAGCUGAAAAUUGGGAAUCACUAAAUUUAGUUAUAGUCGAAAACUGCAACAAAUUACAGCCUGCACACCAAGUCUUCCUGUUAGGUUCCCAUAGGGAGAGGGUUUGCACAUGAAGAGUGGUGACCCCACACCUUGCCCUCUAGGUGGAUGGGGCUUGUCCCCUGCCUGGCUUCGAUACUGGCACUUUUAACCCUUUUAGGAAGGGCCUGGGGAUCAGGGGCCUAUCUACAGAAAAUAGUACUUAGGGCAAUUAGUGUUAAAUUGCUGAAUAAUCUCUCACAGCCGGUGAUGGACACUAUGAUGGCCAAUAGAAAUUACUCAUUGGUGCCCUGCCUUAAGCAACACCCAGGGCAUGUGCCCUGCUUUGUUCAUCUCCCCCCGCCCCUCAGCAGUGGAGAAUGAUUGGAAGAAAAGAACCCUAGGAUUCAGACUGAAUAAAGAAUCGACCAGUGGGUCUGCCUUCCAUCCUUCACCACAGUACAAAGCCAGUCUUCUCCAACAUCCGGGAGCAAACUGAGGAAAAAGAAUCAAGGAUCUGACUCACAGUAGCCAUCUGAUCUGUUCAAAGCUGCUUUUGCCACCUACUGGAAUUCAUCCUGGUUUUAAAUCACUGGCAUCAUAAUGAAUGAACGGAGAAUAAGCAAACUAACUUAGAAUGCAAGUUGGAUUCACAAACCCAUGGUCAUAGUUGGUAUGCAGAUUUUUAAAUAGCAUUUCCCAUUUCAUUUUAAUAUGUCUUUUUCACAUCGCCUGCUGCAGAAUUCCCUACUAGAAUGUGAAACAUGAACAAACCACAGAACUAGAGAAAGCUAGUCACACAAUUUGGUAGCGGGAUUUCACAUCCAGGCACAAAGAUGUGUUUGCUGGUGUUCUCUUUCUUGCUGCCUGCUCUGCUUCAAAAGCUAAAUGUUCUGGGUCUUUCUUUGGUAUUGCCAGCCAUACUCUACAGGUAGGACUUUUCAAUUCAGUUACGAGUAAUAUAAUUUUAUGUACAUACAACACAGAAGACUACAGAAUCUUUAUUUCUACAAUGUGCUUUUCUUGUAUAUAAAAAAAGAGAAAUGCUCUUUGAUUUUGAUUACAUUGCUGCCCUUUGUUUUUCACGGUUUCAUUUCUUAAUUGUGCUCACUAAUCAUAGAUUUGCACCCAUACCAAGCUAUGAACUAUGUGGGCAACACUGAAUAAUAGAGGUGCGUAGGGUCAGAAAACUCUUUGAACAAAUGCCACCUGGAUCAACAGCUUCUUUAGACCCUUCUACAUGAACAUCCUUCUGAAAGAUUCACAGUGUAUAUUUAAAGGGUCAUCAUAAUGUAUCAAUUCUCCUGUUCUUUGAAAGCAGAGCGUUCUGGUGCCAUGAACAAUGUGUCUGUGCAGAAAAACCCACGAAAACUCUUUGCAUUCCUGCAGGGGUAUUGAUCUCUCCUUGGGCGGUGAAGUAGUCACUCUGAGAGCAAAGAGUGGUCCGCCAUGUGUGAUGCUUUCAGCAUGCCAGGGCUAAAAGAAGGACUUAAGGGUGCAUAAAUCUAGCUUUUCCAUUGGAUUCAGUGUGUGAGUAAUAUAGUCAAGCCCCACUUUUUUUGGCUAAUGUAAGGCCUUCCGGACCUUGCACUGAGGCUCUCACCUUAUCUAUUUCUCUUAAAUGAGCUGAUUGAACUCUGCAGUGUUGUCAAAUAGAUGAUCAAGCAGGUGAUAAUUUUAUUGGACUUUCUUCUGGCUGAAGAGAUACAACCCCAAGAGUCAAAACUCCUGAAAGGAAACCCCCGAGUCUAUCCCCCACUCACCCACUGAAAUAUUCUAGAAUAAGAGCACUGAGUAAGUACACUCGGACACACUUUCUUAUCUUAGAGAGUUUCUAGAAGGUCUGUUGUCUUGAUGGAUUACUCGAUUGUCCCUGGCGUAUUAUCUGAUGUUUGCAUCUCUGGGAAGGAGAGCUUCGAGGAUUUCCUUUGUAACUGCCCUGUCUGUACACAUCAGGCGCUAAUAAAUGCUGACAGACAAGUUACACUGAUAGGAAAGAGGAAGGAACACACAAGUGAAUUUGCAGAGUCAUAGUUAAGAUGCGUUCAAAGUACAGAGCCUGCCCUACCCUUAGAAUGUUAUUUAGAUCAAGUUUAGCCUUUAGAGUCCAGGUCUGGUGAAUUGCCAGGGUAGCAAAGAAUCGCAUGCACCAAUAUAAACAGGAGUCAAAAUGCAAUAUUAGUUGAAGAUCAAAUUUUACAUCGCAGAGAUGUAAUAACUGUGAUUAAGCUGCAUAUUUAUGCUGGGAAAUGACUUACGUGAAUGACUAGUAUAUAAACAUUGUUGGCCAUAACGUCACACCUCUCAUCUGCUUGGAACACGGAACUGUAUUCUAAAAUAUCAGCCAUUGGGCUUUGUUCACUUCAAGAUAAAUUCAAACUUCACAGAACUUUGCAGCAGCAUACAACUGGACAGCGUUGUAUCUGCAAAUUCUGUCUUCACGACGUCUAAUAAAGCAAAACUCUGGAUCUCA